GAGAAGGACUUCUUGAUAAGUUGGGCAGCCAGUUCCUUGGGGAGGAAGGAGGCCUCGACAUCCAGCUUCCUGAUCCCCUGGGGCUCAAAGAUGUCCACGUCGAUCUGUGGCAUUGAAACAACUCCUGCACCAAGGCUCGCAUUUGGGAACCAUCAUCAAGUCUCAGCCAAGAGCCAGCGUGUAUCCUGGCCCCCCCACUGUAUGCAGCGCCCACCCAGCUCUCAGCACAUGUCACAGGCAUUCCAAAAAUAUUGGCCAAAUGAAGAUGUGCAUGUCUGUGCCCCUCAACUCAGCCACCACUUACGUGCCAGCCACAAUGACAGCCCCUCAGGCUGCCUGGGAGUUUCCUAUAAAAUCCCUGAACAUUCACUAUCUCUCAUGGUCUUUGCGGCACUUCUGGGACACACAGAACCCCCAUUUAACAGAUGAGCAAACUGAGGCUCAGAAGGAGAAGGCUGGAGGGUUCAGGGAGCCACAGAGAGCCACUGGAGCCCACCCGGAAGAGUUAGUACCCUCCCUGUGUGCCCAGGACUGCACACACAGGGUGCCGAGCUUACAUGUGCAGCCACAGUGAGGGAAAGGCAAGAGCCUGGCUCCCGAGACCUCACACCUGCCUGUGGUCACCCGUGAGCUACCUCAAAAUGCUGCACCAGCUGCUGGGGCUUGACUUUGAUGACAAUGUCGUACUGCAUGAGCUUCCGCCUCAGCACCUCCUCGUAGGUCAGCUGGAACGUGGCCUUGCUCCGUGGACCGACGAUGAUGUGGAUGGAGAACUGCUCCAUUGUUCUCCCUGAGGCCCUGGAUGUGCCACCAGGGCCAAAACCAGACGCGUCACAUGUAUGUCAUCAAAAAGCUGAACCUCCAAAAUGCCUCCAGCCGAGAGCGGCGAGCUGCUGAACAGGAAGCUCAGCUCUUGUCUCAGCUGAAGCAUCCCAACAUUGUCACCUACAAGGAGUCGUGGGAGGGUGGGGAUGGUUUGCUGUACAUCGUCAUGGGCUUCUGUGAAGGAGGUGAUCUGUACCGAAAGCUCAAGGAGCAGAAAGGGAGGCUUCUGCCUGAGAGUCAGGUGGUGGAGUGGUUUGUUCAGAUCGCCAUGGCUCUGCAGUAUUUACAUGAAAAACACAUCCUCCACCGAGAUCUAAAAACCCAAAAUGUCUUCCUGACAAGAACAAAUAUCAUCAAAGUGGGUGACCUUGGAAUUGCCCGCGUGCUUGAGAACCACUGUGACAUGGCCAGCACCCUCAUUGGCACACCGUACUAUAUGAGCCCUGAACUGUUUUCGAACAAACCCUACAACUACAAGUCUGAUGUUUGGGCUCUGGGAUGCUGUGUUUAUGAAAUGGCCACCCUGAAGCAUGCUUUCAAUGCAAAAGACAUGAAUUCUUUAGUUUAUCGGAUUAUUGAAGGAAAGCUGCCACCGAUGCCAAAAGAUUACAGCCCAGAGCUGGCAGAGCUGAUAAGAACAAUGCUGAGCAAGAGACCUGAAGAAAGACCUUCUGUGAGGAGCAUCUUGAGGCAGCCUUACAUAAAGCGCCAAAUAUCCUUGUUUCUGGAGGCCACGAAGGCAAAAACCUCCAGAAAUAAUGUUAAAAAUGGCGACUCUAAAUCCAAGCCUGUGGCUGCAGUGGUUCCUGGAAAGGCUGAAUUAAGUGAUGAAGUAGCUCCCCCUCAACCUCACUCUUUUGAGAGCUCCAAGACAUGUGUAAUGGGUGAAGACAAAUGUUUGUUCCAGGAGAAACCUGUAGUCAUUGGCCCCUUGAAGAUACCCAUAAGUCUGAAAGACCACACCUACAAACCAGACAUAAGCAAUACUGUGGACUCACUAGCCACAAUCAGUAGGGUGAAUAUUGACAUCUUACCUACAGAGAGGAGGAACUCAAUGAAUGACGGCUUAGUUCAAGAGAACCCACCAAGGCACCUAGAUGCCUCUAAUGAACUGGAAGGUAAAUGUAAUAUUUCUCAAGUGAAGGAGACGUUGCAGGAGAACAGUAAAUCCAGUGCUCUACCUGGAAACCGAAUUCCCACAUCGUCCUCUCACUGGGUCACUGGAGAAAGGAAUGACCCAGUGAAGCCUCUGCAGCCCCUAAACAAAGACCAAAAUUUACCAAAAGACCAGGAUCAAGUUGGUGGUGAAUGUGUUACAGGAAAACAGGACAGAAUCCACCCAGCUUUACAGCCACACAGCUCUGGGUCUGAACCUUCCCAGUCUCGACAGCGGCGGCAGAAGAAAAGAGAACACGCUGAGCACAGUGGGGAAAAGAGACAGUUCCAAGAGACUCCGCCUUGCCUUUUGCCUUCUCUUCCCACUGUUGGAAAAAUGGAAUGUACAUCAACACAAAAAGAUGCUGAAAACCAAAGUAGAGUGGUCACUGGAUCUGUGAACAGUUCGAGGGGCAGUGAGACAGCAUCAUCAAAGGACCGACCAUUAUCAGCAAGAGAGAGGAGGCGACUGAAGCAGUCACAGGAAGAGAUCUUCCCCUCAGGCCCUGCAGUGAGGAGAGCUUCUCUGGGUCCAGCCGGACCAGCGAAACCACAGGAAGACCACCUCAGCCCUGCUCGAAGGUCAUCUUCCGACUGCAGUGUUGCUCAGGAAAGGAAGCUCACCCAUUGUCUCUCAGAGGAUGAGUUAAGUUCCUCUACAAGUUCAACUGAUAAAUCAGAUGGGGAUUCCAGGGAAGGCAAAGGUCAUACAAAUGAAAUGACUGACUUGGUACAAUUGAUGACUCAGACUCUGAAGUUGGACUCUAAAGAGAGCUAUGAAGAUCUCCCAGUACCAGAUCCAGUGUCAGAAUUUAAACUUCAUUGGAAGUAUCGGGACACGCUAAUACUUCAUGGGAAAGUUGCAGAAGAGGCAGAGGAACUCCAUUUUAAAGAGCUACCUUCAGGUGCUAUCAUGCCAGGUUCUGAAAAAAUCAGAAGAAUAAUUGAAGUCUUAAGAACUGAUGUAAUUCGGGGCCUGGGGAUUCAGCUUUUAGAGCGGGUGUAUGAUAUUUUGGAAGAGGAGGAUGAAUUGGAAAGAGAGGUACAUUUGCAGGAGCACAUGGGUGAAAAGUACGUGACUUACAGUGUGAAAGCUCGCCAGUUAAAAUUUUUUGAAGAAAAUGUGAAUUUUUGAGAAUUUAUCUAAUAUGCUGCCAGAAUAAAACUAUUUUCAAAGGUUUUUGGCUUAAACAAAUACAAACAAACCUAUAUCAAUGAUUGGAGGCCAUUCACCAUCCUUUUAUCUUGUUGGCUUUUUAACUAGAAAAAAAUUGGACAAAACAGUAAUACUGAAGCAAGCUUACAAAAGAAAAAAACAAACAAACCUUGGCUAUCUUAUUCUCUUUAUGAGGGAAAAAAAAUCUAUUUUAAGACAUUUGUUUGAUUACUGUUUACUGAGCCUUAAACCAACAUGAUACCUAGAACUAUUUUUUAAGGUACUUAUGAGCUUGAAUACUGAGACAAAACAUACUGGAUUGGAAGUUCUACAUUAUACGAUAGUGAUAAAAGCAAUAGGGGAAAAAAUGACAUAUCCAGUGAUAUUACUUUUUACUAUUAAUAACUGUAAGUAGCAGUUGAUAAAUUAUUUUUUUAUAAUUCUGGGAGUACAUUUAAAGAUAUGAAGUUAUAUAUAGUACCUUAGCAAUUGAAUUUCUUUUUUAGCAUAUUAAUAUAAUUUAACAUUAUAUUUCCAUUUAAUAUGGACCUCAUUCAAGGUAUACAAGAAUUGAAAGUAGGAGAUAUUUUGGCCUUGUAAAUCAAUAUGUUUUUGCAGACUGGGUUUUUUUUUUUUUAAGAUUUAUUUUUCUAUCAGUGGAAACCUCUGUUAAACCCUUAAUACCUUUUCUAAUUCAGCGAUUUUUAAGUAAUAACGUCCAGAUCCUUUUAGUUAUGUUGGACAGAUUUGUCUCCUGAAAUUUGUCUUCUUACACAUCAAGAUAUUGAUUGUUUUCCCUUAUUUUAAAUGUAUAAUUGCAUACCACAUAAUGCCUAUCUAGCAAGUAGCUUUUAUAAAAGUUUUGAUUAGUAUAUGCAGGACUCUAUACCUUUUUUGAAAAUUACACACAUACAUAAAAUAAUAAAAUGUUCCCUUUCUAGUCCCCUAAAAGACUUGUAUUUAGUUUUUAUUAUGUGCCAGGUACUAGGCCAGUGUUCAUGGCCUAAUUUCUGAAGCUUCUUUAUUUUAUUUUGAAGGGUUUGUUAUAACACAACUCUAAAACCAUCUGAUCCCAGUGCCCAACUGGGUUCAAAUUUUUGGCAAACUGUUGGUCUUUCUGAGCUAUUUACCAUUUCUUGCAUGUUUUAGAGAUCCGUAAUCUUUCUUGGGAAGUCAACUUUAGUUUUACUGAAGUUUUCUAACAUAUUUGUGUAAAGUUAUAUAUAUUCCCCCAUACAUUUUUAGUCCCAUUCUAUAUAUUUUUAAGUCAGUUUUAAUGCUUCUGUUGUUUUGUGUUUUUCUUGAGUGCCUAAUCAUUUUUCAGCUUUAAUUUUAAAACACAUUUUUAAGACUAAAUUUUCCUUUCAGCAUGUCUUUGGCCACAUUUGAGAGACUUUUGAUGUUUUAUUUGACAUUAGUUUGUAAAUAGUCAAGAAUUUAUGUUUUGGACUUUCUCUUGUAAAAGUACUGUUAAUUUCCAUGUAUUUCCAAAGCCAAGAAAUUUCCUCCUUGCCUCAGCUACAUUGCAGUGUUAGUAAAUAUGACCUGCACAACCUCUAUUUCUUGGAAUCGUUUUUUCCUGUAGCUCAGUACAUGAUCCAUUAUUGGAAUGGCCCUACGUGCAUUCAGUAAAGGUGAAUUCUCUUACGCAUAGGCAGAAUCACUUCUCCACUAAAUAGUGGAAAUGUUCUACAUUUGCUCUAAUAUGGUAGCCACUAGUCAUAUAAAACCUGUUGAGUCUUUGCCAUGUGGCUGGCUGAGAAACUCAAUUAAAAAAAAAAAUUUAUUUUUGGAUGUGCCAUGCUGCAUAUAGGAUCUUAAUUCCCAACUAGGGAUCAAACCCACGCCCCCUGCAUUGGAAACAGAGUGUUAAGCACUAGAUGGCCAGGAAGUCCUGAGGAACCCAAUUUUUAAUUAAACUUAAGACACACAUGACUAGUAGCACCAUAUUGGACAGCACAGCUCUGUAUUCAUUUAGUAAAUAUGAUGGAGUGCCUAUGUGUCAUGUACUCUUGUACUAAGCAAAAAGCAGUGAGCCCAAGAAGGUUCCUGUUCCCGUGGAGCUUAUGUUCUGGGGUGGAUGAUUAACAAAUAUAUACUGAGAUAUAUUAAAUACCAUGAAAAUAAAUACAGAAUGAUGGGGCAUACCCAAACUUUUGAUAGGAUAGUAGGAAAUGCUUCUUUAUAGUGACAUCUGUGUAGGGCUUCCCAGGUGGCGCUAGUCCUAAAGAACCUGCCUGCCAAUGCAGGAGAUGUGGGUUCGAUCCCUGGGUCGGGAAAAUCCCCUAGAGGAGGGCAUGGCAACCCACUCUAGUAUUCUUGCCUGGAGAAUUCCAUGGAGAGAGGAGCCUGGCAGCCUACAGUCCAUAGGGUCACAGAGUCAGAUACGACUGAAGUGACUUAGCAUUCAUGCACUGGGUAGGGACCUGAAUGAAAGGAGAGAACAAGUCACGUAUACCUAAGGGACGGUGUCCCAGGCAUGUGGAACAAGUGCAAAAGUCUUCAUAUUGCCUUGAUCUAUCAAAAUCUGAAAGGUAGAAUGUUGGUCUCCUACCAAGAGUGCAGCUUUGCCAAAUCCUGUAUAUGUAAGUCUUUAUGUAUUUCACAUCUUACUCAAUGCAUGAUUCAUUCACUGACAUCUUGCAGCUAUGAAAUGUCCCUCUUUGCCCCAUUUAAUGCUUUCUGAUAUUAAAUUUCUGACUUUUUCACUAUUACCACUCCUUUCUGCUUGCAUUUGCCUAAUACAUCCUUGCUCCUGUUUUCAACCUUUGGGUGUCAUUUUGAGAACAUGAGGUAACAUGAUUUUCAACCCUAUUGGGAGCUCUUAACUUUGUAAUCACAUUUUUUAUAAAUAUGCUUGGUCUUAUUUCUGCUGUCUUUUACUUUUCUUCCCCCUUUUAAAAACCCUUUCCUGACUUCUGGUGUAUUAAGAUCUUCACUCCCUUUUUUAAAAACUCAGUUUGGAAGUCCUAUAUCCUGGUAUCGAGAAGAAGAAUAUGACUUGUAAUAACCCUUGCACUCCCAUUCCUCACACAAGACUGUUGGAACAUUUUUCUCUUCAGCUCUCUGGAAAAUUUAAAAGUAAUUUAUAGCUUUUCAGGUUUUCAUUUUGAACUGCCUUAGGUAAAGCAUGGAUUAAAUGUUUUCUGUUUGGCAACAGCCUUAUUUUACUGGUACCAAAAUAUUACUUUACCACAAAAUUUACAUCAGUAAGUUUUUUCACAAGUGCUUGCUGUUGUUUAAAAAAAAAAAAAUCAUACAUUAGGACCUUGUAGCUUCAGAAGAUAGAAAUGGUUCUUGCUGACACUUUCAGAACCAUGAACUUCUAACUUUGGCUUUUACUCCUAGUCAUGUUUGCAGAACAAUGAACAAAAGACUCUACAGACAUUGAAUUGCACUGAGUUUUAAUUGGAAACAUUAAAACAGCCUGACUACCCAUAAUGAAUUGUAAAACUUGAUAGUUAAAUUGUACUGUCAUUUAUGAAGCUUUUACUCAUUUUGUAGACCUGAAAGAAACUUUGCAUACUUCUGUUUUCUGUUCUCCAUUUCAGAGGAAGAUUGUGAGGAGAAGGUCUAAAAUAUUUAGAAAUCAAAACCCAAAAGAGAAAUGAAAUAUGGAGAAAACAAAAUCUAUACACAGCUGAGCAUGGGUGAUUUUUAGCUUAUGUUUUAUAUAUGAAAACAAUUUAGCUCAUGUCACACAAAACAAAAGCGGGUACAACAGUAAAGCUGAAUCAUGAAAACCCCGAUCAAUUAUUUUUAGCAUGUCUCUUAACUUUUCGUUCCCCUGGUUUCUUGUCUUCUGUGCUCGAGUCUUGAACAGGUAGCCACUUGAGGGGGUGCCGGCGAUAAAUGGGCCAUGGAGGAAGUGUCAGC